GAAUCCAAAGGGCACUGCGGGCUUGGUGCGGAAGAACAGACGCCCGCCGCCCGCAGGGAUGGAAGGGGCGGAGGUCGGGCCGCGAGCCCCAGUGCUAGAGGCCCUGGACAAGCUGGCAGACAUCCUGGAGCCAAUCGGCCGGCAAGAAGAGGCAGAACUGCCAGCCCAGAUCCUGGCGGAGUUUGUGAUGGACUCCCGAAAGAAGGACAAGCUGCUCUGCAGCCAGCUUCAGGUGGUAGACUUCCUUCAGAACUUCUUAGCUCAGGAGGACGUUGUCCAAGAACUAGACCCUUUGGCUUCUGAAGACAUCAGCCGGCAGAAGGCGCUUGCAGCCAAGGAGCAGUGGAAAGAGCUGAAGGCCACCUACCAAGAGUAUGUGGAAGCCAUCACAGGUGCCCUGACCCAGGCCUUGCCCAUGAUGGAGGAGGCCCAGAGGAAGCGAGUGCAGCUCCAGGGAGCCCUGGAACAGCUCCAGGCCAAGAAGCAAGUGGCCAUGGAGAGACUGAGAACAGCCCAGAAGCAGUGGCAGCUGCAACAGGAGAAGCAUCUGCAGCAUCUGGCAGAAGCUUCUGCAGAGGUGAGGCAGCGGCAGAGAGGAACUCAGCAGGAGCUUGAGCGGCUAUCUCAGGAACUUGGAAGCCUGCAGCAGCAGGCGGGGCAGAAGCAGGACACACUUCAGAGGCACCAGACCUUCCUCCAGCUGCUACACACACUGCAGGGUCAGCUGCCGUUCCCGGAGGCAGAGACAGAGCUACCACAAAGGCUGGAUCUUCCUGAGGAUAAACCCCAGAAGCAGAACCCUGGGGAUACCAUAGGGAAGGACAGGAGUGGACCGUCCAAGGGUGAUGGCCCACAGCCUGCUGGAGAUGCGAGCUCGCCUGGGCUUCCUGAGGGACAGCAACAUGGAAAAGGAACCUAGAGCACGUCAGCCUCCAGCUCAGGCCUUUGUGUCCCUGGACUGCAGGCAUCACUGUCUUCACAGAAGGAUAUAUGCUUGGCAGAAAUGUGGAUGAAGAAUCUCCAUCCUUGUAACAAAUCCUCCAAAGAUUUCCAAAAAGUUUCAUACUUUAAGUCCUUGGUCCCUCGAUUUGCAAUUUCUCCAAGCCCCUGUGGCGUUUGUAUUAACAUUGGACAUUCACAUCUUUCUUUCAACAACUCUCAUUGGUUUUAUUCUUCUUACGAACUGUUACUGCUCAGACUUUAAUGAUGGUUUUUGCUGAACAGCCAAUACCUGGGAAAACAAACAGAAGCCUGAACUUGCUAAAUCUCUAUGUAUUUAACCUCUGCUAUCCUAAGUAUAUCUGGCAUGCGAACAGCCCUGUGAAGGCAACCAGAGGCGCUUUGAACAUUGCAUUUGCCUUCAUGAAGUGAUCUUUCAAAAAUCUGCUUGAAAUUCAUGGACCAAGAGAAUGAAGGUCUGAGAGAAGCAAAUGAAACUCUUGUGGUUAAAUCAUAACUAACAAUUCAAGUACCCUUUGAACACAGACAUCACUGACAAUCUAUGACAGUGUGUUUUAUGAUGUGAAUUUAAAUGAAAGCUUGCCUGCAGCGUUAUGGUGUCCCCAAUUCUAAUGGGCUGUGACCCCUGUGGGUGUGAAUUUUUCUGUGUAGGAGUUACCACUGCUGGCCCUUCUCAGCCCCACUCACAGAACAGAUGUCUAGUCAACCCUGGCUCUUCCCUGACACCCAUAAAUAUGGCAGAUCACCCCUCUUCCCCGCCCCAGUAGCCUGUUCAGCCACUCCUAAUUGAUAGACCUUGGCAUGUAAGAAAAAUAUUUUUGCUCUGCCUACUAGGAUAUGCUGAAAUCAGCAUAACAUAUUUAUGUAUGUAUGUGUGUUUAUGUAUGUACACACACACACACAUACAUACAUAUACACACAUGCUCCAGAAAUCUGUGAAGUGGGGCGCUAAUUCCCUGGAAUAAAUCCAGGGGUGUUUGGAAGUAGUGGGAUGGGAAACAGGUCUUUGUAAAUGGUAUGUUUUGUCAGGGAAUUUUAGAGUAAAGUAAACUAAGCAAAAUUCCAAAUAUAGGAUACAUAAGGUAACACAGGACUGUGUGGAGGAGCUGUGAAGGCCCAUUGUGGGGCCGCAGGAAGUCUGUGGUGUGUUUGGUGUGACUGGGAGACGUUAGAGGCCAUUGGUUUGAUAAAGGGCGCUGAAUGAUGUCCUCCGAAGUUCGAAGGUUAGAGACAAAAGCAAAUAGAUGUCGAGACUUUGAACUUUUACCUGGUUGUCUUCAUAUUGAGUUUGUCACCUUCCAGGUUAUCUUCUCAGUGAAAAUAGCAGAUUUUUGUCAGUUCACAAUUUUUAAACAGAUUAUAGUCAAUCCAUAGGUAAUAAACAUUCAAUGCUGUUAGGCAUUAACUGGUUAAAUAGUAUUGUUACCAUUUGUAGACUAAGUAACUGAAGAUCAGGUGCUUUCCUAAAGAAAAACAAUUCCAGCAACAGCCAUGAUAUUUGGGGCCAUCGUGAUCCAUUUCUUCCCUCGCGUCAUCGUUGACACACACAGUGACUCACCGUAAUGACCUAGAUAUGUUAUUGGGGAAGACGUAGGGCUACCCCUUUAGUUCUAAAAUUUGAUGUGCAGUAGAGUCACCUGGUGAUGUUUCUUAAAAUGUUGAUGUCAGUUGUCUCUCUGAAGAAUCUGAUUCCCAGCCUCUGGUUUAGAUUUUGCAAAUCAACAAACACCUCCAGUGAUUGUGAUGCACUGGAUUUAGGGACCAUUUUGUGAGAAACACUUCAGUCUUUCCCGCUGAGACUUCAGCAUUCAUUGUAUUCAACUUGUGAGGUCGUCCUUGAGACCAUGAAACAGUGGACUCACCCAUUUAGAACAGGGCUGGGGACCCAGAUGAGCUGGAAGUGAUAUGGAUUGAGGGGGCUGUGUUGUGGCAGAGUCUGAAGUGGGAGGAGAGGGCGGCGGAGGGAAGAGCGUUGAGGGCUGAAAGCAAAUGUGUGUUCUAGAGGGUUCCAGGCCACAGACAAGACUGUGGAGGACACGUAUCCCUCCUUGUCCUGUUCCCAUGGAAAAUUAACUCAGGAACUGAAAAUGUUGAUCUAUGAAGAGAUGAAUUGCCUAAGUUUAUUAUAAAUAUACAUUAAUUAAUUGUGCCCCAGACCCACAGCUGAGCUCAUUUCCUUCUGUCCUGUGGCGUCAGGAGAGGCCAUGUGUCUGGACUUCAGCUAAGAUGGGCACAGCAGUGUGACCUCAGGCCUGGCUUGUGAAGACCCCGACGCAAGGCCCUGUUUUGUUUCUCCGCUGGCAAACUGGGGAGGACAAUGAGGGUGGUGGGGGAGGUGCAGACGACAGUGGAAGGGCCUGGCUCCUGGGGACAGCUGUGAGUCAGGAACAGACUUUUGUAUUCAAUGAGCCACUGAGGCUUGGAGGUGGUUCUGUUAGAAGCUGACACCUUCUGGGUCCACUUCUGGUUUCCCCAGGUGAAGUUAUCGGGAAAACCCCUUAACUUUUGCUGAUAAUAAUUAAAUGUUCAUUGGCUCAGGUCAUGAUCCCAGGUCCUGGGAUCGAGUCCCACAUUGGGCUCCCUGCUUGGCGGAAAGCCUGCUUCUCCCUCUUCCCCUUGCUUGUGUUCCCUCUCUCGCUCUCUCUCUCUCUGUCAAAUAAAUAAAAUCAUAAAAAAUAAUUAAACGUUCGCUAGACUAGAAAAGCAGCUUCUUGGAGGAUCAUCAUGUGAAGUAAAUACAAGUUUGCAGGCAGCAAGUGGAAUGCUCGUCAAAGACAGGCCGUAAUUUGAUGAGUGAGCAUCCUUGCUCACACUAAGGGUGCAGGUGUGUUACCACAGGCUUCACUCACUAUCCCACAGUCUCUCUCUUGCUUGUGCCGAAACCUCAGGACGUGCCUGAUCGGAAGAAACAAUUGCUGAACUGUCCAGAGCAGAAAACAUGCAAGUCCUACGAUCACCCUGUGUUUUAGGAAAGCUGAGCAGUUUGAAUCAUUUUGCCUUCCCCUUGGAAAGGAGCCCAAGGUUUAUAAAUCCUCCUAACGUGAGUUUUACAGUGACCGAUGAGUCCUCCCUGAGCUGGUCCUGUUCGAACACCAGGCAGGAGGUUUGUGAUCUGCUGGGCCUUCAGCCAGUGAGCGGGAGACUGCUGAGCGUCAUUCUGAGCUGGAAACACUUUCUGCUUCUGGCCUUACAUUUGCUUGUUGGCUUGGUUGCUGCGUGUCCUUGGCUGUGAUAUGGUCACGCACGCUUGUGUGAGGCUUUGUGCCCCUUUGCUCUGCCAUCGCCUGUGCUGCUUUCUCUCUUGCUACCAGCCCCAAGACUCUGAGAGGCUGGGGCAUCGCCAUCAGGGAUGGUUCUCAGAAGUUGUUCUGAGCGGUACCUGCAGCAUCCAAAUCCAUGUUGCUGUUCUGGAGUCAAGUGCUCUUGAAGAGUUCAAGCUUCAAUGGGAAGCUUUUUUUUUUUUUUCCUUUUAAAGCUGCAAUGAUUUCCUUUUAUUUGCUUUAUAAUGUUCAGAAGCCACAUGCCAUAUUUUAAUAUUUAGUUUGUAAUUACUUCCCCUGGCCCCUCUGUGCCCUCAGCCCACCCGCAGUCAAACACGCACACACGGGGCUGAGAGCUGGUUAGAGAGAUGAGAAUUUGGGGGUGGCUGUUUUUCCUCAUUUCUUUUCCUGAACUCAUUGGUCUUGAAGACUGUUUACCUGUGAACAACAUCUUCUAAUACUGUCUUUUUAAAAAAGUUAAUCUCCAACAAUUUCAUCUUUUUCUUAAAAAUAUAAUUAAUAAAAGUGAUAAUGUAGCUUUUCAACAUUAUGGUUUUUUGGUUGUUUUUUUUUUUUAAAGAUUUUAUGUAUUUAUUAGAGAGACAGUGAGAGAGGGAACACAAGCAGGGAGAGUGGCUGAGGGAAAAGAAGGCUUCCCGCUGAGCAGGGAGCCUGAUGCAGGGCUCGAUCCCAGGAUCCUGGGAUCAUGACCUGAGCCGAAGGCAGAUGCUUAAUGACUGAGCCACCCAGGUGCCCCACAUUAUGGUGUUUUAAUCUAAUCUGAGUAUUUCAAUAUAACUGAGUUGCCAUAGCAACCUGUUAGAUGUGCAAAUGCAAGAAAACUUCAAACAAGAAAUGUUUUGAUCGUGUCUGUUCCUAAUUGAUACUCUCUCAUUUCCAGGAUUUCCAUUGGAUGUUUUUAUAACAUUUAGUGGAAUACAUAUUUAUUAGCAGUUAGAAGUUGUUUUGUAGACAGUAAAACUAUUACAACUUUAUAAUAUUUAUCUUAAAAAUAUGAAAUAUAUGUGCAGUGCUUCGAUAGACUGAAAAGUUGUGCUUACACAGCUAUCUUUGCCAUUUCUCAGAGCAGAGAACCAAAAUUUGCUCCUCUGUGUUUCCGCACCCUGAGCAUGGGUCCCACCUGGCACUCACCAUGUUUUAUGGAUAGUGCUAACGUUGCUAAUUUUGUGCUAACACUUUCUCUUCCUUGUGUAUCAUUACUACAAAAUUCAGUGCCUAUUGCAUGGUAGGUAUCCAAGACUUGUGUCUUUGCUUGUUCUUUUUGUAACUUUGGAACCUUAUGUCUCAGGGACUUGGACUUGGUUCAAGCCAGGCACUAUGUCAAGAUACAUGAAUGAAGUGGGGCAGAUGGAGCCUUCAAGGAAAUCUCCAAAUGAAUGAGGGAGGCUUGUUUACGCUACAGUGUAACACUUUGAAAUAUAUAGAUGUUGCAAUUUUUUGUUGGUGGUGGAAAAACCUACAUAACAAAAUUUACCAUUUGUCUAUUUAUAAGUGUACAAUUCAGUGACAUUAAGUACAUUCAUGCUGUUGUACAACCAUCACCGCCAUCUACCUCCAGGACGUAUCCAUGUUCCCAGGCUGUAACUCCUUCCCCAUGAACCAGUAACCCACUCUAGGUACCUCAUAUACAUAGAAUCAUGCAAUACCUGUUCCUUUGUGACUGGCUUACUCUUCGCCCAGUAUUUUCAAUGUCAAAUUUUCUUUAUCAAGGCUGAAUAAGAUUAUGUAUGAAUAUAGCACAUUUUGUCUCUCUGUUCAUCUGUCAGUGGAUGCUUAGGUUGCUUCGCCUUUUGGCUCUUGUGAACAGUGUUGCUGUGAACAUGUGUAUACAGAUAUCCAUAGCAGUGUCUGCUUUCAUUUAUUUUGAAAUUCCAGGUCUGGAAUUGCUGGAUAGUAUUAGGUAAACCUAUGUUUGCUUUUCGGAGAAACCACCAUACUGUUUUCUGCAGUGGCUGCACCAUUUUACAUUCCCACCAGCUGUGCACAGAGGUUCCCGUUAUUCCACGUCCUCACCAAAACUCAUUAUUUUCUAGUUUUUUUUUGUUGUUGUUUGUUUUUGGCAAUAGGCACCCUAGUGGGUAUGAAGUGGUAUCUCAUUGUGGUUUUGAUUUGCAUUUCCCUAUCAAUUAUCAGUUACCAGUGUUGAGCAUCUUUUCAUACACUAGUUGGUCAUUUCUUUAGAGUAAUGUCUGUUUCAGUCCUUUGUUUCUUAAUCAGGUUGUUUGGUUUUUUUUGUUGAAUUAUAGGAGCUCUCUCUCUAUUCUUGAUGUUAAUCCCUUAUUAGAUAUAUGAUACACAGGGAUUUUCUCCCAUUCUAUGGGUUAUCUUUUUACUCUUGAUUAUGUCCUUGAUACAGAAAUAUUUUUAAUUUUGUUAAAUGCAGCUUAACUAUUUUUUUUUCUUUUGUUGCCUUGCUUUUGGUGUCAUAUCCAAGAAAUCAUUACCAAAUCAGAUGUAGUAAGCUCUUGUCCUAUGUAUUCUUCUAAAAAUUUCGUAGUUUUAGUUCUUUAGGUAAAGCCUUCAAUUCAUUUUGAGUCAUCUUGUAUGUGGUACAUACUAAGAGUCUAACUUCAUUCUUUUUUGCAUGGAGGUAAAUAGUUUUCCAACACCAUUUGUUGAAAAGAGUCUUUUAGCCCUUGAAUGGUCAUGGCACCAUUGUUGAAUAUUUUGCAAUAUUCAUGUGGGGGGUUUAUUUUUUUGUAACAUUGCUAAAUUUGUUUAUUAGUGCUAAUAGAUUUGUGUGUGUGUGGUAUCUUUAGGGUUUUCUGCAUAUGAGGAUAUAUGUGGGGGUUUAUUUUUUUGUAACAUUGCUAAAUUUGUUUAUUAGUGCUAAUAGAUUUGUGUGUGUGUGGAAUCUUUAGGGUUUUCUGCAUAUGAGGAUAUAUCAACUGUGAACAAAGAUAAUUUUACUUCUUCCUUUUUUUAUUUGGAAACCUUUUAUUUCUUUUUCUUGUCUAAUUGCUCUGGCUAGGACUGACAUUACUGUGUUCAGUAAGAGUGGAACGAGUGGGGAUCCUUGCCUUGUUCCUGAUCUUAGAGGAAAAGCUUUCAUGUUUUUACAUUUGAAUAUGAUGGUUGCUUGUGUUUUUCAUAUGUGACCUUUAUUAUGUUAGGAGGUUCUUUUCUAUUCCUAGUUUGUUGAGUGCUUUUAUCAUGAAGGAUUGUUUUAUUCUGUCAGAAGCUUUUUCUACAUCAAUUGAGAUUAUCGUGGGGUUUUUGCUUUCAUUCUGUUAAUGUGGUGUAUGUCAUUGUUUGAUUUUCAUAUGUUAAACCAUUUUUGCAUUCAAGGAAUAAAUCCUGCUUGGUUUGUGAAUAGUUCUCUUAAUCUUGAAUUUUGGUUUGAUGGUAUUUUGUUGAACAUUCUUGUAUCAGUGUUCAUGAGAAAUAAUUGGUCUGUCAUUUCGUUGUUGUUAGUUUUCUUUGUCUGCCUUUGAUAACAGGGUAAUGCUAGCGGCAUAGAAUGAGUUAGUUCAGGCUGCUAUAACAAAAAUACCGUAAACUGGUGGCUUGUAAACAACGGAAAUUAAUUUCUUACAGUUUUUGAGACUGGAAAAUCUAAAAUCAAGGUGCCAGAACACUCAGUGUCUGGCAAGGGCCCUCUUUAUGGUUCAUAACCAGCACCUUCUCAUUAUGUCCUCACAUCAUGGAAGGAUGAGGGAGCUCUGUGGUUCUCCUUUAUAAAGGGACUGAUCCCAUUCACAGCGUCUCCACCAUCGUGACCUAAUCACCUUUCAAAGACCCCAGCUUUUAAUACCAUCACCUUGGAGGUUAGGAUUUCUACAUGUGAAUUUUGGGGGGACACAAUCUAUAGCAGAAGUGUUUCCUCUUCAAUUUUUUUGGAAGAAGUUGAAAAGGAUUGGCUUAAUUCUUUUUUAACUGUUUGGUAGAAUUCAUUGAAGACACCAUCUGAUCCUGGGCUUUUCUUUGUUGGGAGGUUUUGAUUACUGAUUCAAUCAAUCUGUUAAUUAUAGAUUUAUUCAGAUUUAUUUCUUCAUGAUUCAGUCUUGGUUGUGUGUGUAUGUUAAUGUUUCAGUGAGGGAAUUAGGACCUGGAAUUCCUUAGUGUACCAUCUUGCUGGCAUCACUCUCUGUUGUAUUAUUUUUAUGUUGUGUUACCGUCCUAAAAACCAUUGGCAGUAGUACAAAAUGGUUCAUGCAAUAAGAACUUCCUUUUCUUGUUUUCUAGCAAGUGUUUUCUCUCACUUUUGCAUGAUUGCACUACUAAAUCAGCGAUUAGUGGAUAUUACUGAUCUUGCCAUGAUUAAAGUCUGUAUUUUACACUGAUGGCACGUGUCUUAGUGCAGAGAGUGGUGACCCUGCUUUUGAGAAGCAUGGAUUCAUGUUCCAAACAUGAAACAUGAUGAUAAACAACACUCGUAUUUUUGUGACUCAGUUGUCUUAUCUGUAAAAUGAGAACGUUAAAGUAAAUGAUGUUUAAAGACUCUUUUAUAUCUAAUUCUCUAUGUUUCUAUAAUGUAGAUAGUAAUUUAAAUUUUGAAACUAUGUAAGUGAGCAUAAGAAUAUUUUUUAUGUGUACCCCUCCAGACUACACCUACCUGAAGCACUUUGGAUUAGGUCAACAGGUAGCCCUUAUGAAAAUAGUGAUGAGGGCACUGGGAUAAAUUAUUGGGACCUAAGAAAACAGAAUCAGACUCUCAAAUCAACAUGCGCCUGCCCCAGCCUUUCAGAGAGCAUUGUAGGUUGUCUGUGAGCUUUACCCUGAGGGUGAAACAGAACACAUCGCUGGACAUUUUCCUGGAGGAAAUGUUCAUUGUCGGCAGGGAGGAUCUUUGGAGAAUAACCAUGUAUGAUACACCUCAAUUACCCUUUGAUUUUGUCCUAGGAGAAUAUGGUUCAAGUUCUUUAAUAAAAUGAGUUUUAAGAAUAUGACAGGAAAAAAAAAAAUGUGACAGGAAAAGCCCACCCUUGAUGUAAUAUAAGAAAAUGCAGAAGGAAAAAAAAAAAACAGUAACCUCUUCCAUGUCAAUAGAAAAAGAAACUAGGAGGGCACCUGGGUGUCUCAGUUGGUUAAGCAUCCGCCUUCGGCUC